AUGGGUGUUGUAGGACAGUCUGGGGCUGCAUUGGGUGCUGUGCUUUUCUGGGUGCUUCUUGGUCUCCUAGCUUUGGUUAUGGGGGCUCGUAGUGUUUUUUCUGACCCCACCCUGCUGAUUUGUGGCCAAGAAAGCUUACAGCUCACCUUACCUCUGGGCUGGGAAGGGAAUGCUUCAUUGGUGCUGACUACUUGGGAUACUGAGGGGAAGGCACAUGCUCUGCAGAAUGACUCUGACUGUGGGCUUUUGGUAUCUGAGACUCCAGAUGGCUCCAGGAAAGUAUUGGUUUCUUAUACUGGCUGUUAUAUCUUUGAAUGGAAUGGCCAUUACCUUCUGCUGGUUGGGCUUGAAGGAACAGAUGCUGCUGGGCAAAAGGUUCUUCAUGAAGAGACGCUGCUCAGGUGCCCUGUGGACCUUCCUGCCCUAGAUGCUCCAAGCAGUAGUGUCUGUUCGGCCGUUCCCAGCCAGGACCGGCUGCCAUGUGCCUCCUUGCCUGUCAGCCAGGGAAACUGUGAAGUGCGAGGCUGCUGCUAUGACCCUAGAGACAGGGUAAAUCCUUGCUACUUUGGUAACACAGUGACAGCUCAUUGCACACCAGAUGGCCAGUUUUCCAUUGCUGUUUCUCGAGAUGUGACCCUGCCACCCAUUGUCCUGGACUCUGUGCAACUGGCCAGUGGGCACAGUACUGGCUGUGUUCCUACUGUGAAAAACAAUGCAUUUGUUGUGUACCAGUUCCCACUCUCUGCCUGUGGCACCACUUUUCAGGUGACUGGAGACCAAGCCAUAUAUGAGAAUGAGUUGGUGGCAUCCAGGGAUGUGAAAACUGCAAGCCUUGGCUCUGUCACUAGGGAUAGCACUUUGAGAUACUGAGGGGAAGGCACAUGCUCUGCAGAAUGACUCUGACUGUGGGCUCUUGGUAUCUGAGAC